UGGUCAAACCGUCAGUUAUCGUCCGAGAGAAGCAACAUGACCGUCAUGCUCGUAUCGUUGAUUCUCGGGGCGCUUAUAGCCCUUUACUUUUAUCUGACGCGAAAUUACAAGUACUGGCAAAAACGUGGAAUUCCGUGCGUGGAUGGAGCCUUACCGGGAUUCGGUCACAUGUUCUCAGUUAUCUGUAUGAAGACGAACCUUGCCGACUUCAGUUCUAAGAUCUACAAAAAUAACAAGGGACACAGCAUGGUCGGAAUCUACGAUUUCAUGUCGCCAUUGUUGAUGAUUCGAGAGCCGGAGUUAAUAAAAACGGUACUGCAAACCAAUUUCUCGAAUUUCUCUGAGAAUACUAUCUCUGUCGAUCCUAAAGUGGACCCGCUCGCGGCAACUAAUCCCUUCCUCCUUACCGGUGAGAAGUGGCUAAACAGCAGAAAACGCUUGAGUUACGCAUUCUCCAGCAUGCGACUAAAGAUUCUGCUGGAAAGCGUUAAACAAGUGUGUACGACAUUCGAGAAUUAUAUCAAUAAAAAGUUAAGCAAUGUCGAACAGGCGGAGUUCGAAUUGAAGAACCUGUUCUCUAGGUAUACAGCACAAGUGGUAGCCGGCGCUGCUUUCGGGGUAGACGGAUACUGCUUCGAUGACAAGGAAAAAGAUAUAUCAUUCACAAAAAUCGGAAAAGACAUUUUCGAACCAUCCUUACGAAAUAAACUGAUAUUCGCCCUUAUAUUCCUCAUUCCGUCGUUGAACAAAAUUUUCAAGGUGGGUUUCAUUCCGAAACACGUCGAUCAUUUCUUCAGGACAUUAGUUGCGGAUGUAAUGGAACAAAGAAGACGGGAUAAAAUACCCAGGAACGAUUUUCUCCAUCUGAUGGCUGAGUUAGAACGAACAGAGGGCGAUAAAUUCGACACUGAAUUGAUUGCAGGAAAUGCAUUAUCGUUUUUUCUUGACGGCAAUGAAUCCUCAGGCAGCGUGAUGAGCUUUAUCGGUUUUCAUUUAGCUAAUCACCCGGAAGUACAGGAGAAAUUACGCGAGGAGGUGAUGUCUGUGCUCAGCAGAUAUGACGGUGAGAUUACUUACGAAGGAUUAAAAGAAAUGACAUAUAUGGACCAGGUCUUCAACGAGACGCUAAGGCAUAUUCCCGCAGCAGUUGCCAUGAAAAAACGAUGUACGGAAGAAUUCGAACUGAAAGGAUCCGAUGGAAUUGUCUGCCGCGUUAAACCUGGAAUGGAGAUUCUGAUACCGGUUCAAGCUUUGCACAAAGAUCCUCAAUAUUGGAAUCAUCCCGAAAAAUAUGAUCCUGAAAGAUUCAGUCCGGACAGGAAACAAAAGAUCGAAAAAUUCGCCUUUCUACCAUUCGGCGAAGGCCCGCGAAUCUGCGUAGGUAUGAGAAUGGCUCAGCUACAGAUAAAAGCAGGUCUCACUAUAAUUCUGAGAAAAUACAAGAUUGAACUAUCCUCAAGAACACAAGUACCUUUAAAGAUGAUUCCUGGUGCUAUUUUACCAACACCGAAAGGCGGAUUAUGGGUCUAUCUUCGGCGGCUAUAAGUACAAAUAUCUUUCUUCAAACUCCCAGUAUUGUGAAUGUUUUAUGUCCAAAAAAAUUGCAAUAAAUCUUUACAUAAAAAUGGAA